GCCCCGCGCCCGCCCCGACCCGCCGGACCCGCCCCGCCCGCCCGCUCCGCCAUGAGCGCGGCCUGAGCCCGCCGCCAGCCCGCCCCAGGCGCCGCGGGCCGCUCCGCCAAGAUGGCGUGUGUGCUGGAGGCGCCGCUCCGCAUGAGCGUCCUGUCGGAGGUCACAGCCAGCAGCCGCCACUAUGUCGACAGAUUGUUUGACCUCGACCCCCAGAAAGUCCUGCAAGGUGUCAUAGAUAUGAAAAAUGCUGUAAUUGGAAACAACAAACAAAAAGCCAACUUGAUUGUUUUGGGAGCAGUUCCAAGGUUGCUGUACUUACUUCAGCAGGAGAGCUCGAGCACGGAGCUGAGGACGGAGUGCGCCGUGGUCCUGGGCAGCCUUGCCAUGGGCACAGAGAACAAUGUCAAAUCCCUCCUAGACUGCCAUAUUAUCCCAGCCUUACUGCAAGGAUUGCUGUCCCCAGAUUUGAAGUUUAUCGAAGCUUGCCUGCGAUGCCUCCGGACCAUCUUCAUCAGUCCCGUGACUCCAGAGGAUCUGCUGUACACAGAUGCUACAGUGAUCUCCCACCUCAUGGCACUGCUCAGUAGGUCUCGAUACACACAAGAGUACAUAUGUCAGAUCUUCUCACACUGCUGCAAACUCCAACACUGGCAUAGCUGCGGCUUUAAAUCAUUGCCUCAGCCACUUCUGUGUGCCAAUGGUCCAGAUCACCAGACAAUCUUAUUUAACCAUGGAGCUGUUCAGAGUAUUGCACAUCUCUUGGUCUCUGCCUCCUACAAAGUCCGAAUGCAGGCACUGAAAUGCUUCUCAGUUCUGGCCUUUGAGAACCCCCAGGUCUCCAUGACUCUGGUAAAUGUGUCAGUGGAUGGAGAAUUGUUACCACAGAUUUUUGUGAAGAUGUUACAAAGGGACAAGCCCAUUGAAAUGCAGCUCACGUCAGCCAAAUGCCUUACUUCCAUGUGCAGAGCUGGAGCAAUACGGACAGACGAUCCCUGCAUCGUCCUCAAGACUCUGCCGUGCUUGGUUCGAAUGUGCAGUAAGGAGAGGUUGCUGGAGGAGCGGGUGGAGGGGGCAGAAACCUUGGCCUACCUGAUCGAGACCGACGUGGAGCUGCAGCGCAUCGCCAGCAUCACCGACCACCUCAUCGUCAUGCUGGCCGACUACUUCAAGUACCCCAGCUCCGUCAGCGCCAUCACCGACAUCAAGAGGCUGGACCACGACCUGAAGCACGCCCACGAGCUGCGCCAGGCCGCCUUCAAGCUCUACGCGUCCCUGGGGGCCAACGACGAGGACAUCCGCAAAAAGAUCAUCGAGACUGAGAACAUGAUGGACCGUAUCGUGAACGGCCUGUCCGAGUCGAGCAUCAAGGUGCGCUUGGCUGCAGUCAGAUGUUUGCACAGUUUGUCCCGUUCUGUACAGCAGCUCAGGACAAGUUUUCAGGAUCAUGCUGUAUGGAAGCCUUUAAUGAAGGUUUUACAGAAUGCUCCAAAUGAAAUUCUCGUAGUAGCAUCUUCCACGCUAUGCAAUCUUCUUCUGGAAUUCUCUCCAAGCAAGGAGCCUAUUUUAGAAUCAGGAGCCAUAGAACUUCUAUGUAGUUUAACACAGAGUGAGAAUCUUGCCUUGCGAGUGAACGGCAUUUGGGCUUUAAUGAACAUGGCUUUUCAAGCGGAACAGAAGAUCAAGUCGGACAUCCUGCGAGGGCUGAGCACGGAGCAGCUCUUCCAGCUGCUCUCUGACUCCGACGUAAAUGUGCUGAUGAAGACGCUGGGGCUGCUCAGGAAUCUGCUCUCCACUCGCCCACACAUAGACCAUAUAAUGAGCACUCAUGGGAAGCAAAUCAUGCAAGCAGUGACCCUCAUUCUGGAAGGGGAGCACAAUAUAGAAGUCAAAGAGCAGACAUUAUGUAUCCUUGCCAAUAUAGCAGAUGGCACGACAGCAAAAGAACUGAUUAUGACCAAUGAUGACAUCCUGCAGAAAAUCAAAUACUACAUGAGUCAUUCAAAUGCUAAACUUCAGCUUGCUGCCAUGUUCUGUAUAUCUAAUCUCAUAUGGAAUGAAGAGGAAGGUUCACAGGAACGCCAGGAUAAACUCCGAGACAUGGGAAUAGUGGAUAUUCUACAUAAACUGAGUCAGUCAUCAGAUCCAAAUCUGUGUGACAAGGCGAAGACAGCACUCCAGCAGUACCUUGCAUGAUCAAAGACUAAUUGAAUCCAUGGACACCCCUCAUGUCUCCUUAAGGAACAGCAGGAGAUACUCCUGACUCCUUAUAUUUGCACAAGUCACCUUGGGCUGCAUUUUUCUCAGGUGCAGGGAGCUGCUUUGCAGAAACAGUUCAAAUGAUCAGGUCUCCAGUGCACUUGAGAACUUUCUUGAGGUAGUUUCUUUACUCAGAGGACUCUCGGGGGGUUGUUUUGGUUUUUUGGGUUUUUUUCCUGAGCUACCUGGACUUUGGAUAGAACAAUCAGUCAUUGUUUUCCUUUUGGGCCUCCAAUUUUCUGCUUUUGCUGCAGCCUGUGUGUGUGGGUGUGUGCUUGGGUGUGUGUGUGCUUGGGUGAGUGUGGGUGGGUGUGAGGACUCACUUUUGGUUUUCCUUUUUUUUGUGUGAAAAUCUUUUUCUACAGGUUUUCAAGGGUUAACCAUUGUUUGCUGUACGAAUACUUCAGUGAAUUAUAUACAGUUUGAAUGAAAUGUUAUUUAAAAAAAAAAACCAAACUGUUGUAUCCCAUAAAGUUUAUUUUGAAUUUUGAACAGAUGAAUGUUUUUAAGUAAAAUAUAUGCAUUUCUGAACUUCAGCUUAACUUACAUUAUACUUCCUUUUUAAAGAGAGAAAUAGAGGAAGGCAGUAGACCCCAAAUUCCAAGCAGCACAUUUUGUACUGACAAGAUCAAAGAGUUCUUUACUACAAUGCAAGGUCACUGGUACUGAUAACAUGCUCAAAUCCGUGGAAUGGGUCAGCUGGAUUGGGUUUGGGUUUGGGUUUCUUUACAUUUCUAGAAGACAAGCUCAUACUUCAGGGUUGUUGGCUUUUCUGGGAAGGAGCACAUGGCUGCAGGAUCAGCAGGAAUAAGCUUUGCUUUCCUAGCCAGGAACUUGCUCAGCUAAUUGCUGAAGGAUUGGCUUGUUCAGGGGAGAGGGAUUUGCUGAUCACUGGUACCAGCAGAGCGACCAGUGUGGUGCAGAAUUAAUUUGGCAGAGAGCAGAAGGAGCUGCCAAGCAGUGGUUAAGGGAUUGCUUUUGUUCUGCAUCCUUUGCCUCCACAAAGAGUUAAGUGACUUCCAGAUCAUCUCCACAAAGGAUCUGCUGGGAGCAUGAAGUUGGGGGAGGGAUGGAAAAACCAGAGCUUUGGUUUGGUUUUGUUUUCUGGCUCAGCAGUGUUGCUGCAGAUCCCUGUACAUAGGCAGAUACACACUUGCAUGGAUUUAGAUUCCUGGAUAACAAGGAUGGGGUUGGACUGUGAUGGGGUUGGACUGCACCUGGAGGCCUUGACUGUGCCUGGGAUUGUGCCUGGAAGUGUGGAGAAGCAAACAUGAGUGCAGACCAAGACUGUGGGAGGCUAGGCUGGAAUGGGAGAGCCCAGGGCUUUCCCAGGCAGGUGUGCCUGGAGCAGCAGGAGCCUCCUCAGGGGUGCAGUCCAGGGCUCUGGGCCCUUUGGGGUUCAGUUUAGCCCGUGGUUAAGCCAGACUCUGCAGGCACUGUAUUUCCACAGCACUAACAGGCACUAGGGAUUGCAGCCAAUGGCUUAAACCAAAUCUUUCUUCUCCCACACUGAACUUUAGGGGGGCUGCAGCAAGAAGAGAGGUCUGUAACUUUGCUAACCAAUUUUGAUAAGUAUCUAAAUCUUCUGUUUCUGAUCAGAAGGUCAAAUUGUGACAGCCUUACUUUUUUUCCAAGGUAACUACUUGUGUCAGAAAAUGUGACCACAGUUUGGCCUGGAAUUUGAAUGUGCUGUGUAUCAGAUAACUGUUAUCACUUGGUUGCAAAGGACAAUAUCUACAUUUCGUGUAACUUCUUUCACUCUCAAAGACAAAUAAAAGUGAGCACCUGACACUUUUUCCCCAGGCAUUGCAGUAAGUGACUGGCAGUUUUUUAAUGUCCUUCUGCAAAUUUUUCACGAUGGACUUUGGGGGUUGAACAAAAGGGAAAGUAAAAAUAUGUGAGAACUUGUUAAAUCUCAGUACCUCAGAAGCAAAAAGUCUUGUUCAUAAAAUUGAAUCAAAUAUAUUUUUACCUGAACUGAGAAGGAGGUUCUGAGGCAGGUGUUGUAAGUGCAGAAGUGUCCAAUGUGCUCUGGUUGCACUCCUGUGUUUGUUUAGGAGCUCAAGUUCUUCUGUAUCUCUUCUCUUCCUUCACCAACUCACAUUUCUAAAAGCAAAUCUGAGUUUGAUUCUGUAGAACUUCGGUGCCUAAAGGUGUUCAGAAAAAAGGUGAGUAAAAGUAUCUCUGUACAAGUUCUGAGGUGGUUUCCUACAGUUCUGCCAGAAAAACUAAAAACCAAUGCUCAGACAAUCUCGUUGCUGCAUGAGAACAGUUGAAGUUUUCCACAGGUAUUGAGAGGACAAACUGUGUUGGAUGAGGACAUUUUUACAUUCAGUUAAGCUUUGUGAAUAAUUUUUGAUGUUGCUAUAGGUAUGUACAAAAAGAAGAAUACUGUAAAUAAAGAGAACUUUACCAGAA